AUGAACACAAUUUACUCUGUCCAAAAUUUGAAUGAUGACAUAGAAAUUUUAGAUUUUCGAUCAAACUUAAGAACUUGCAACAUUAAAAUAAAGAAUUAUGCAGACUACAUAUUGUGGGAAAAGAAAAUUGAAUACUUUUCAAAUUGUCUAACUUAUGAAAAAUUUACUUUUGGAAACAAAUCAAAUCAAAUAAAUAUUUUAUCAAAAGGUAAAAUAUAGUAGGCAGAGCUAAUUAUUGGUGAUAAGAAAAUUAUUUUGAAGAACAAAGAUUAUGAUGAUAUUUUAUACUAAUUAUAAUAAGAAUAGAAAAUUAGUCUUGAAAAUGUUGUAAAAAUUAACUAAUAUUCUGUAAAUUAUGAUUAACAAAAUUAAAUUAUUAGAUUAUCAGAUGGUUUGAAUAUAAUUAAUUCAAUAUAAUUGACUAAAAGUAAAUAAAAUUUAAUAAUUAAUGGAUGUGAUUAUGGAUGUGUCUUGCAAAAAUCAGAUGGAAGUAUAUAAUAUAUAGCAAAUGAUCUUAGUAUUUUUUGUGGGAUAAAAUAAAAUGAAGAACUUGAACUGAACAACUUUUAAAACUUUUAAGUUGGGACUACUUAACUUUGUAUUGAAUAUUAAUUUGAUUGA